AGGAUAUGGGGCGUCAUUCAAUACUGUCUAUUAUUUGUUACUGCAUCAUUAUAGGUGGAUUGUCAUUUACCUUUACAAAAGGAUCACCCUGUGGAUUGCGUUUCACGUCUUAUAAUGGACAAAUUACAAGUCCAAACUACCCUUCAAGUUAUUCUAGUAAUCUAGAUUGUAAAUGGACAAUUGUUCGCCAUACGGAUCAAGAAAUUUUUCUGAGCAUACGCGAUUUUACCACUGAGUCAUGCUGCGAUAGACUGAUAAUUACCGAUAGAAAUACUGGACAUCAAAUAGCAAAAUUGAGAGGCAACUGCUCUGUUGUUGGAGAUGGAUGGUUCUCCACCUCUUCUAACAAUAUCGAGCUUCAUUUUAUAACAGAUGGUUCUGUGAACAAUCAAGGAUUUCAUAUAACAUUUAAGUCACAGAGCAGAUAUUCAGUGACUGUGCCCGAUAUUCCUACAACUAGUUUUGUUUGUGAUGGAAAGACAAUUCCUGAAGUAAAUGCCACGACAACAUAUGGAAUUACAGGGGAUGUUACAACUCACGAGACGACCUAUGGGCCAAGAUUUACAAUUGGUUAUUCACAUAAUGUGAGAUUUGAAUACGGAUCCUAUGGUCGAGUAUCAUUAUAUGGACAGGAGAUAUGCUAUACAGGUGUGACCUACCAAACUGGAGUAGCUCUUUGUCGAUCAAAAGGAUAUUCCUUCAGCUCUUUCAAUAGUGUCUCCCCAAGAAACUACUAUUAUAAUGCCUAUGAAAUCCAGUGUUAUUCUUCGUACAUCAAUGACUGUUACUUUCGAGAGCGUACUCCCUGUUCGAGUGUAUUGUAUUUAAACUGCUACAGUUCUUCAACUACAGAAAGUUUUACAAGGACAUGGCGUGAAACUUCAGCAGAUUAUACUAUUGAAUCUGUGGAUGUACGAAUCGAAUAUGGAUCCUAUGGUCGUAUUUAUGUCGAGGGACAGGAAGUUUGUAGCUCAACCUACAAUUAUCGUUACGGGGAGGUGUUAUGUCGUGCUAAAGGAUAUCCUUUUUCUUCUUCCUUCUCAAGUGUAACACCACGUGAUCACUAUAACACCGUUAACAUUAGGUGUUAUUCUGAUUACCUCUCCAGCUGCAGCAAGGAAUUCCGAUAUAAUUACUGCUCAAGUGUUGUGGUCCUUUAUUGUUACGAAGACACGACAACUCAAGCACCAGUAUAUACUUCAGAAUAUCCAGGCGUAUCCGUAGGUUACUCAAAUGUGUAUAUCCAACAUGGAAUGUAUGGAAGAGUAUACAUUGAUGGUACUGAGGUUUGUGCUGAUGACAUAACAUACCAGACACGUGAAACCUUUUGUCUGUCAAAAGGAUAUGGUUACUACUCUUAUAACAGUUACAAUGCAAACCAGCACUACCGGACCAUUGAAGUCAACUGCUCAAAUGCAUACUUAAAAAGCUGUUCUGCAGAAUAUAGACCCCGAUACUGCUCAAGGACCUUGUACCUAACCUGUGGUCAUGCCUCUACAGAAAGAUAUUACACAAAAUGGCUUGAAACAACAACAGAUUCUUCAAUCGACUCUGUGGAUGUACGAAUCGAGUAUGGAACCAAUGGUCGAGUUUACAUAAAAGGACACGAAGUUUGCACUUCAACAUAUAAUUAUCGGUCAGGAGAGGCACUAUGCCGUUCCAAAGGAUAUUUUUACAGUACAUAUACAAGUACAUCUGCUCGGAACCAUUACAACACUUAUGAAAUAAGCUGUUCCUCUGGUUAUUUGCCUAACUGCAGCAAGGGAUUCCGAUACAAUUACUGUUCAAGUGUGAUUUACAUUUAUUGUCACGAGGCCACGACAUCAACACAACAAACAACUAUGGAAUAUUCAGGUGUUUCAAUAGGUUACUCCAGUGUGUACAUGGAACACGGAAAGUAUGGUAGAGUGUAUGUUAAUGGUUUUGAGGUUUGUGCUGAUGGAGUAACUAACCAGACAUAUGAAGCACUUUGUCAGUCAAAGGGAUACCACUUCUACUCAUAUAACAGUUCUUAUGCAAAUAAUCCCUACCGGACACUGGACAUUAAUUGCUCAGAUACACACAUAGACAGCUGUUCCGCAGAAUACAGAUCCCAAUACUGUUGGAAUGCCUUGUACCUGGACUGUGAUUCUCUUGGAAUAAGACUUAUGGGAACUGGGUAUCCAUGGGAGGGUACUAUAGAGAUCCUUCAUAACGGCCAGUGGGGAACCAUAUGUGACGACAGCUUUGAUAAACAAGAUGGUGACGUCAUUUGUAGGAUGUUGGGGUAUUCUCACUCAAGAUACACUUACCAGAGUGCCCGUUAUGGACAAGGAAGCGGCCCAAUAUGGUUGGAUAACUUAGAUUGCAAUGGAUAUGAGAGUGACGUAGCUUACUGUAGUUCCAAUGGUUGGGGAAGGCAUAAUUGUGGGCACUCGGAGGAUGCAGGAGUUUACUGUACUAAUUCCACGGAAUACGAAACUACCCCAUACGACCCUUGUAGUAGACAUCAAUGCUACAACGGUGGAACGUGUUUUGUACGAAACAACGGUUAUCCUGAGUACUACUGUAUUUGUCCAAACGGAUACACCGGGUCAAACUGCUACUACGAGGCAACGACUUUUGAUCCUUGCUAUGGAUAUCCAUGCCGUCAUGGUGGUACGUGUUAUCGCAACUAUGGUUACCCAGGAUACUACUGCACAUGUGCAAAUGGAUAUACCGGUCAACACUGUGAUACCUCUGUCGGAAUAAGACUUCUGGGAACUGUGUAUCCAUGGGCGGGUACUAUAGAGAUCCUACACAACGGUCAAUGGGGAACCAUAUGUGACGACAGCUUUGAUAAACAAGAUGGUGACGUCAUUUGUAGAAUGUUGGGAUAUUCUCAAUCCAGAUACACUUACCAUAAUGCCCGCUACGGACAAGGGAGCGGCCCAAUAUGGUUGGAUAACCUAGGUUGCAAUGGAUAUGAGAGUGACGUAGCUUACUGUAGUUCAAAUGGAUGGGGGAGGCAUGAUUGUGGGCACUCGGAGGAUGCCGGAGUCUACUGUACUAAUUCCACGGAAUACGAAACUACCCCAUACGAUCCCUGUAGUAGAUAUCAAUGCUACAAUGGUGGAACGUGUUUUGUUCGAAACAAUGGCUAUCCUGAGUACUACUGUAUUUGUCCAAGCGGAUACACCGGGUCAAACUGCUUAAGCUACUACGAGAUAUCGACUUUUGAUCCUUGUUAUGGAUAUCCCUGUCGUCAUGGCGGUACGUGUUAUCGCAACUAUGGUUACCAAGGAUACUACUGCGCAUGUGCAAAUGGAUAUACCGGCCAACACUGUGAUACAUCUGUCGGUUUCUCAGCAGAAAAUUCCAUCUCCGUUGCAUGUACGGAUAAUACCUGGGACAUUUCCGUUUACCUGCCUCCUUUUUACAACAGGUACUCCGACUUCAACCCCAAUGACAUUUAUUUAGGAACUGAUAGCUGCACUGGGUAUGUGAAUGGAAAUUACCUGCACUUCCGGUCUGAUUAUUCAGCCUGUGACACGACAAUAAGGACGUUAACCGAUCAUGUCGUGUAUACCAAUCAAUUAGUAUAUGCCCUUCACGAUCCAAACCAUCAUUACAUUAUACAUGAAUAUCGAUUCCGUGUUCCUGUGGAUUGCUAUUUGAAAAGAAAUGAAGCAGGAUCGGGUCAUUUUAAUCAUGGCCAUGACGUCACAAUGCCUUCAGCUCAUCACGUGACAGGAUCGACGCAUCAUAGUGUUCAUAUACAGUUUUAUACUGAUUCUACAUUCAGAUACACAAAACCUUUAUAUGGAUCCAGAGUAGGCGACAGGGUAUACGUUAAGGCCUAUACUGAUGUAAGAGACUACAAUCUUAAAAUGAGAAUUUCAGAUUGCUUUACAACGCCUACUCCAUCUGAAUUCUCUAGUAUGAAAUAUUUCAUCAUUCAAAACGGAUGUGUAAUUGAUCCUAAUGCAAGAAUCCUUUCACAAACAACACACGAAACAAGGUUUUAUUUCCAAGAUUUCGAAUACUCCACCAAUCAUGACUCUCUAUAUCUUCACUGCAAUGCUACGUUUUGUAAAUCAAAUGACUAUAGCGCUUCAUGUGAGCAAGCUUGUAGUCAUCCGAGGAAAAGAGUAGGAGGGGGUGACAUUAUUGAUAGAGGUCCAGUGGAGUCCAUGGCUGUCAAUGAAGCUGUAAGAUUAACUAAAGCUGAUGACAUUGGAAGUUCAAGCAGUAGAGGAAGUUCUACUGUGAUAGCGAUUCUGUCGGUAAUAUUUGGAAUAAUCCUAAUAACCGUAGUAACCUUCAUGGUUCUAGGAAAGAUAAAGAGAAUCAGGCAAAAGAAAACACAAGUUGUUUAAAAUAAAACAAUGCAGGGUUUGCAGCGAUUCCAAGUGAUCAUUCGUCUUAGAUACUUUGAACACUUUUCUUCUAAUAAAUAUGUAAUUCAUAUUCAAAAAUAUUUGAUUUCUUUCAACACGAUUGUAUUUAGUGCCAAGUGUGUAAAAUUCCUUGAAACUAAAAUCUCAGUAUUUCAAAGUCAUAUUGUUGACUAGUUAAAUCCUAAUUUGAAAUGGGAUUUACUCAGUCCUUUCAUACUUGAUUGUUAUUUGAAAUAUUACAAUGUGAGAACUGU